CUACUACGAGUCGGAGAACAACACGCGCCCCACUGGCGUGCUCAUGCUGGAGGGCUCCUACUGCGAGCGCCUCAGCAAGGCGCCCAUGGAGAGAAAUGCUUCGUUCUGCUUCGUGAUCUCGUACCGUCGGGAAAGUCAGAGGCAGUACGAGCUCCGAGCCGCAUCCGAAGUGGAUUGCGUGCACUGGGUCGACUCCAUACGAGAGGCCAGCUUCAACAAGCUGCUACUGCAGAAGGAAGAGUUGGAGCAGAAGCAGCUGCACCUCUUGCAGGUGGUGGAGAGCGAGAGGACCUCGCGGUGGCAGUACGCGCAGCAGUGUGACGAGCUCUCUAAUGAGGUCAAGAAGUUGAGGACUGAGUUGUGCACAUACAAGAAGGAGCAUGAGCCGACUGCGCGAGCGGAGUCUACCUCCAGCUCAUCACCGAGCCACUCGCCAGAGAUAGACCCGGCUGAACUCAGGAAGAUCAAGAAAGUCCAAAGCUUCUUCCGCGGCUGGCUGUGCCGUCGCCGCUGGAAGCAGAUCGUGGACGAGUACAUCAAGAGUCCGCACGCGGAGAGCAUGCGCAAGAGGAACAGCCUCGUCUUCAAGAUGGUGGAGGCUGAAGAGGAGUACUUGGAGCAGAUGGAGAUUAUGGUAACCUGUUUCCUCCGGCCCUUCAAAAUGGCGGCCAGCUCCAAGAAGCCGCCGUGUACCCACGAGGAUGUGAACUCCAUCUUCCUGAACAGCGAGACGGUGCUGUUCCUCCAUCAGAUCUUCUUCAAAGGGCUCACCUCGCGCAUGGAGUCCUGGCCUACUUUGGUCUUAGGAGACCUAUUCGACAUGCUUCUGCCGAUGCUCACCAUCUACCAGGAGUACGUGAGGAACCACCACUACUCGCUGCAAGUCCUCACAGAGUGUAAGCAGAGCCAGCCCUUUGCGCAACUCUUGGCGAGGCUGGAGAGCAAGCCCGCCUGCCAGAGUCGGUCCUUGGAGACGUUCUUGACGUAUCCUAUGCAUCAGAUCCCGCGCUACAUAAUAACCCUGCACGAGCUGUUAGCACACACGCCGCACGACCACGUGGAGCGGCGCAGUCUGCAACACGCGCGGGCGCAGCUAGAGGAACUGUCGCGGCAGAUGCAUGACGAGGUCAGUGAAACAGAAAACUUGCGGAAGAACUUAGCGGUGGAGCGCAUGAUCAUUGAAGGAUGCGACAUACUGCUGGAUGUCAACCAAGUCUUCAUACGACAAGGAACCCUCUCCCAAGUGGUAGGCAAGGGUCGUCGCGCCACCCUGCAGGCUCGCCAGGCGUUCCUGUUCAGCAACCACCUGCUCCUCACCACCAGGGCUGCAGGUGGCAGGCUACACCUGCCUCCAGCUGGGAGACUGCCACUACAUGACGCGCUGCUCAUUGAGGAUCCGGCUAAUCAUGAUGAUGAUGAUACUACGUCGGUUUGUUCAUCGCCCGGAGGUGAUAUCUAUCAGGGCAAAGAUUUCAAGAUUCUCGUCGAAGUCAAGGGGGAGCAGAUCUGUGCUCAUUUAGUCGCCGGCAGCCUGGAAGAGAAAGCCGGCUGGACCAGCGAGCUUGCCCAAUGUAUGGAAAGUGCCGCCCUCACAGAGUUACUCAGAGCCUGUGGUGCUUGUGGAGCAGCAUCAGCUAGUCUGCCAGCUUGUCGGUCUGACAGGGCACUGUUCACUGAUGAUGUUGAUAUACGCUUCAGUAGGACGCUGAACUCCUGUAAGGUGCCACAGAUCAGGUCUGCUACACCACAACGGUUAUUGCAGAGGUUGACAGAUCUCCGCUUCUUAUCAGUGGACUUCCUAAACACAUUCCUGCUAACCUACCGGGUCUUCACCGACGGUGUGACCGUCCUGGAAGCUCUGAAGCAAGUGUUCUACGAGCAGUCCCAGCAGGAGAUGGAGUUGGCUCCACCACCAGACUCCACGAGGAAAACUAGCGCCGCUAGCUCUGUUUCUGGUUACGGAUCAGAAUACAGCGACCGGGACUGGCAGUCGAGAUUCUGGCGAGCUUCACGAAAAAUCUGUCGGAUUUUAGGCGAAGAUGAAGACAAACUGUCUCCUUACUUGGCAGCACCCUCAAGAAGGACUUCCACAGCCAGUAAGGCUGAGGAGGAUAACAGUCAUUUGACUAUACCUAAAAUAAUGGCCACGUCAUCUAGUAAUGAGACUCUAAAAGCACAACAUCCAUCCAUAUUCGCACUUGAAAUAUUCCCUAUAAUAUUCCUACCACAUACAAUACUACAUGUAAGACGUUUGUUUAGCGAGCGCCGCUACACCAACUCCUCAAUCAACAGCGAGCGUCGUCGCUACUGGGGCGGCUCGGAACCACGGUCUUCUGUCACCUCGCAGGUGUCACAUGCACAGAAUUAUCGGCGAGAAACCAGUCAACCAAAGGCGGGUGUCGUGAUCACAUCUUUCAGACAGUCUCAUAGAAGGAGCAGUACAUCUACUGCGGCAGUAGCGUUUGCAGUAGCCACUUCAGCUUCAUCCAAUCCAAGAUCGCCACCACCGAAUUCACCACCAGCCACUAGAAGAGAUUCUGUUAUAUCUACUGCUGCUACCAUGAGAGUGCUCAAUGUUCUAAGACAUUGGAUAUCCAAGCACUCUCACGACUUCUGGUCUGAUGAGCGUCUCCGAGGCCUCACGAUGGACUUCCUCAAGGAGAUCGAGGGCAGUCCAGGGUUGUUGCCAGCUGAACAUAAGGCUGCAGCACAACUGCUGCGUCUAUUGGAGCGAGCACCUGAUAGAAAUGUUGACUUGAAGACACUGUUCAUUCCACCUCAUGUGCCAACCAAAGAAAGCGUUGAAACACUAUCUGCCUUAGAAAUCGCAGAGCAAAUGACUUACUUGGACUAUCAAAUCUUUAGUUCAAUUAACAGCGAGGAGUUCUUAGGACAAGCUUGGACGAAGGCAGAUAAAGCUGAGAGAGCACCUCAUAUUCUCAUGAUGACUGCGCACUUUAAUCACAUCUCCAACUUGGUGAUAUCUGAGAUCCUGAAGAAGUACACAUUAGCUGGUCGCGUAGCCGCAAUAGAGAAAUGGGCAGCAGUCGCCGACAUCGCCCGUUGUCUGCAUAACUUCAACGGAGUACUGCAAGUUUGCGCCGCAUUGUCUAACACAUCCGUAUACAGACUCAAGAAGACCUGGGAGAAAGUCUCAAAAACUAGUAAGCAGACCAUAGAACGAAUGCAGACGAUAAUAUCGUCGGAAUGCAGAUUCAGGAUUUUGAGGGAUGCUUUGCACAGGUGUGAUCCACCUUGCAUUCCAUACUUGGGUAUGUAUCUGUCAGAUUUGUCGUUCAUAGAAGAAGGGACGACUAACUACACGCCCGAUGGCCUUCUCAAUUUCUCUAAGAUGAGAAUGAUAGCGCACGUGAUCCGUGAAAUAAGGAAUUUCCAGCAAACCCCAUACAAAAUUGAUCAUAUACCAAAAGUCUGCGAAUUCCUCCUGGACAAGACUCUAGUUAUCCCCGAAGAACGUCAGUACACUCUCUCCCUGGAGCUAGAACCCCGUGUAGCCCGGGGCUCGGGCGCGGGAUUACCGAGCGGGGCGUCCCCGGGCUCCUAGCGGCGGCGCCGCGCCUCCCUGGCCGCGCUCGCGCCGCUCCGGAGCGACCGCUAAGCCACGGGGACGCAUGCUUGCUUAAACACUUCCGCGCUAACAUUGUGUUGA